GCGCGGGGCCGCCUUCCUCAGCUGAGCAUGUAAACAACAUCAUCUGGCGGAGAGAGACGCACGGGAGGACGACCGUCUUAACAUCACUCAAAUGGGCAUUAAAAAGUUUGACAUUGUGUUAGACCCACACCAGCAAUCAUACUGCAGUGGGGAGGAUGUCGUUGGACGUGUUUUAGUCCAUUCUGACUGUAUUACAUCUUGUAGAGCAAUCUUGGUAAAGGCAAGAGGGUUUGCCAAGGUGGAAUGGGAAAACGAGGCCUACGGAGAGGAAGAAGUGUACUUUGAGAACAUUGUGACAGUUUGGUCAGGCACUAGUCAUGGAGACAAUCUUCCUGCAGGAGAAUACGGUUUUCCAUUCCUUUUCAAGUUGCCUCUUAACAUUCCUAGAAGUUUUGAAGGAACAUACGGUCAUGUGCGUUACCAAAUUGAAGCAAAGGCAGAGAUCCCGUGGGGAGCAGAUCAGUUUUCCAGUUUCUUUUUUAAAGUUGAUUGUAAAUAUGACCUGAGAGAGGAUGACAAAGCAUCUGAGGCACUGAUGUUCCACAAGGAAUCGACUGCAUGCCUUUGUUGCCGUGAGGAAGGACCCAUUAUUAUCUCCUUGUGUGCUGAUAAAACAGGUUAUAUACCAGGGGAGCAUGUACUGUUGACGGGAGAAGUGACGAACCGGGCAGACUCACCGGUUGUGUCCAGCAACAUCACCCUAGUAGAAACCAUUAGGUACAAUAUAAGAACCAUGCAUAAAAAGAAGAAGACAACCUUAAAAACUAUCGAACGUUCUGGCAUCCCUGCAGGGGAGACAGCUGUGUGGCUCUCCAUUCCCAUCUACAUACCUGAGGGUGCCACUUGUUUACAGUACUGUGGUAUAAUGGAGGCCAUAUAUGAUGUUACGAUAACAUUCACAAUUGGGUUCUGUUCAGAGAUCAGUGUUACACAAAGCAUCACAAUAGGUACCAUUCCUGUUGGUAAAGUGACACUGACAGUGGAAGGUCCACCUGCAAGCCCAGGUGUGCCAAUACCAUCAGCCCCACCAAUGUGUAACACCUCAGACACUCCCAGCCACGAAAUGCAGCCCAUCCUACAUCAGCCAAAGAGCUUGUCAGACCUCAGCAAGCUAGACGAUGUUGAGGUUGUGCUUACAAAGUAGGCAGCGUUUCAUGAUGCUCAGAGAUAUUUCCCCUUUCAGGAUACACUUUUAUAAAAUGUAAUCUCACAAACAGAAUAAUUUUAAUUCAUACUGUCCUUUUCAAUUUCCCUUUAUUUUCAUAAUUUGUAUUUUUGUAUUGGUAGAAACAUUUUUAUAAACUUAAUACAAGAAUGUAAACAGAUGUAGUUAAAAUGUUCAUAUACAUCAACAAGAUCAAUAUUUCUAUUUCUGAUAUCUGGGUGCCUGUUGUUUCCCUCAGCUCUUAAAACUUGUCCUAUAAAGGCAAAAAUUAAGAAAUGCUUAAAUAUAAGGCACACAACAUAAAGUAAAUGAAUAUAAACAUUUAACACUUCCUGCAUCCGAUCUUCAUAACUGUACAGUAUGGUUUCCACUACUGCAUCAACACUAAGGCUCUCAUUUACAACUAUAUUAUGGACAAUAACUUUAAAUAUACUGUACUAAGAAAGUUAGAAAAAUAGAUAAAGAAAUUCUGAUUUGUUUACCUUAAGUGUUUGGCCAAGUACAGUGAAACAAAUAAAAAAUUUAUUUUGUUUUUGCUCGUCGGUGAACCAUCGUAGAUACACUGCAGCAUGAAACACUCACACAAUACCAUAAAUAACUAAGACGUGAAUAUGCAUUUAAUUACAAACAUGUAAAAAAUAACCUUUAAUUUGAAUUGUACUUUUGAUGCUUCCCAAUACUCGGAAGAUUUGGGUAAGAAUUUAAGAAUUACAAGAAAUACAAGGUCAACUAAACUUGAAAGUACUUGAUGGAAGAAUCUGUUGUGUUUCAUAAAGCAGCCAUAGUCAUUGUAGGCUUUCAUUAUGCAUGUCUAAUAAAGUUUUUUAAGGCUUUCAUUGUGUCAUGUUAUAUUUGUCAGAUGCAACACUUUAAGCACAAAGACCGAGUCCUUUUAUACCAUUUAUGGGAGAUUUUUUGAAGUCUUUAAGUGCAAUGUGAAAAUUCAGUGUGACUUGACAUUGUGACAAAUUAAUUUAUCAAACGUUCUACAGAGUUAAUCAAAAUUAAUCACAUGUAAUAUACUCUCUUGCAAUAAUUGUAAAAUCUUCAAAUAAAUCAUUCUGAAUUUGUCAAGUGUAACACUGUGUCUCAGCUGUUAAGGCAUCACUGUGCAUCAUACAUCAAGUAUAACAUCAUCCUACAACAUUUGGUGUUCACACUUAUGAACUAUUUUUUCCAUCUGUAUACAUUCAGUGUGUCAUGUCCUUGGAGUAGAAUGACUGAUGAUGACUAUAUGCCAGACAGCAUAACCAAUGCACAUUUCUGCACAUUCAUGAAUACAUGAGUCUCCCACACUCACACAUGAGUAUGUUCACCUCUCACCUGCACAACCCUCACUUUGUCUACCAUCAUACCUACCUGUGAUCUCUUUGUCAGUUUUCACAUGUUUCUUGGUAGCGUUUGUCACUUUGUACAUUGUGCAGAAUUUGUAAAGACUUUUACUGUCUCUUGUAAUAUUUUGUAUAAUAUGGGCCCUUUAUCUACUCCAUACUGUAUGUUUUGAUAUUUUUUUUAUGAUUAUUAAAUUGUAAGCCAUUCACUGCCUUGCAGAACAUCUGUGAUGGAUGCUCACUUCCAAAUGUUUCAUACUUGAUAGUUGAGCAUAGAUUAGACAAGCUUAUUGGUCACAAUAUACCUGUUGGUUAAGACAACCUUGGACAAGAAUAUUAGUUUUGUUCAAGGGUUUUACUGUAUUGUGGGCAGCUCAAGGUAAAGUGAACAGCUUUAAAAUGUACAAGAAAAACAUUCUUUAUGGUGCUUUGUACGUGUCAGUAACAAUGGUACAUUGUCAUUUAAGUACUACAUUAACUUAUUAAAGAAAAUUGAUCACAGAAUAACAGAAUUCCAGAAUGUGCUCGUGACACAAUCCUAAUACAUCUUUAUUCCUUUUAUAAUUUAUCUUUGCAUUUCUACAAAUAUGUUAUUAUCAAAUUUAUAUGUUUUUGGCAGUAUUAUUGUAAUACAGAUAGUAUAUGUUAAUUAAUGUUAGGAAUGCCCCUUAAUGUUAUGAAGCUGGAAAGUAUGUUUUGAUACUGAUUAUUACAUUUUUGCACCAAUACAUUUACUCUAGAAUUAGUAUGAUAUGUGAUGAUUUUGUAAACUUUAAAGUCUGGUGAAAUGUGAACACCAGAAUACAGUGCUACUUGUACCAGUCUUGUGUGUACAUUACCACCUCCCCUCUCCCCUUUAUUAUAACUACCUCUGACUUUCUGUUUUCCCUCCUAAGUGACUCCUGAGUUGUUGGUGUCCCAAAAUCAAUAACUCUCUUCCCACACGGAAUACGAUGCCGUCAUUCCCCUGGAUAUUCUGGACUAAAAGUGUUGCACAAGAUUUACCCACGAUGUUAACAUGUACAGUACCUCUCUAAUAAGGGAUCCAGAUACCUUCAUGCAAAGCUCUCUGGGUUACACAAAUCCCAAAUAUGGCCCCAGUGUUACUUUCCUGACUCUCCUGAUCUCAUCUCGAAUUUCUUUCUCUCUCCCACUACCUCACUCCAUCCCAGUAAGGAGUCAUAUUAUCAACAGUAUCCCCCCUUUCUUAUUCCUGUGCCAUUGUCCAUUCAUCUCUCCCCCAGAACCACAAACCCCGUGAUUCAGAACUUGUGAAUCCGAAGCAUUUACGGACAGAAUAAUGUAUUCGUCUACUGCUUUGGGUUCAUGAGUCUGAAUCUUGGGGUUCAUGGUUCAGUACUUGGGCUCUCUUGCAUCAAAGUCAUUAGUGAUAUAUUGAACAUUACCAGUACCUAAUAUAAAUGUCCCCAGAUGAACUCAAAUUACUCAGCAGUGUGUCACGUUAUAGUGGUGAUGUUGCUUGUGGUACAUAUCAACUCAGUUGGUGUCCAUUUAACGUGCACGAGGCGUCCCUGAAAACUUGUCAGGUAACUGGAUGUACAUUUACCGGAUGCACGUUAACUGGAUGUACUCUAUAUUAACCAGCUGUACGUUAAGGAGACACUGACUGGAUUAAGUAUAGCAGUUUUGUAAGAGAUGAUUUAAAGAUUCAGUAGGUAUUUAUGGAGAUUAUUUUUACUAAGAUGCUUGAUUUACUCUAGCUCAGUGGUCCCCAACCUUUUGUGGGCUCUGGGCCACAUUUGUCAAUGUAAAUAUAGUGGAGGGCGCCAAAGCUUUGGAUCUACAUUCAAGAUAAAAAAAUAUAUAUAUUUAUACAGUAUGGUAUACUGUAACAGUUAUUUGCAGUUUUACACAUUUACUCUUGGAUCAUGCUAGCUCUCUCUCUGGGCCCGGUCUGUGGUAAAUACACUUCCUGUACACGACAGAUUCGGGACAAACGGGGUUCCUCUCUCUCUCUCUAAAGUCGUAUCAAGUUAAUACUUAUUUUCAUUACUUUUACUCUGACAGAUAUUUACAAUUAAAUUAUUUCAAAGUUUUCUGAUAAACCCUUCGGGCUCCAUGAUAUGGUUCUGUAGUUACAUGUUAGGGACCACUGCUCUAACUAAUUCCCACCAUAAACUUGAAAUCCACAUAAAUUUUUUUUUAAUAAUCUGACUAAUCCCAAUCGGAAAGUUGUACUGUAAUAAUCAAACUAAUCCCCAUCAAAGAGUUGUAAUAAUCAAACUAAUCUCCAGUAAAGAGUUGUAAUAAUCAAACUAAUCCCUCCUCAAAAAUGUGUGGGGGAAUUCUGCUCAGUUGUAAGAGUUGUAACAGACCUUCUUGCAACUUGCCAUUGUAAGCUCUUCAUCAGUGCAUUAACCAAACCCAACCCGAGUGAGUGCCUGCCACCUCUCACUGUUAUAAAACCAUAGUUUUUAGUUGAAUAGCACUUCUUAGUCUCUUUUGCCAUAGUAAACCCUCUUAACACGGGUUAAUUUUUUUGGAGGGGGGGGGAUCCAGUCCCUAUUAAGCGAAUUUCUGGAAAAUGUUUGGGUUAACCGAGAAAAAUAUGGAUGGCGAUCCAGAUUGCCGUCCAGUGCACAUAAACACCAGCCCCAGCCACUUGGCUUACACUGCUACAGCCCUCAUGUGUGCAUCUCUUGGGUAACUCCUGUGGACUAUUUGUGACUUUGUGGACUACUUACCACAGCUUCCAAAGGCAAGACAACUCCAAAAGGAAGUUAGAAGAUGGCCAGAAAGGAGUUUAGCUUGAAGGACAAGCAAGAAUUACAGUAUAUAUAUUAUACCGCAGGUUAGUGACUCCAAUAAUUCAAACGUAUAUUCAUUUAUUUUUGUCACCACGUGGGUAGAUCCGGACUAUUUCAUGCUAAUCUGGACUCAAUCUGGAUUAACAGAAAUUAGUCCGGAGUGGUUUGCCGGUCCAGUUAAAGCAUUAAUGCGAAUUAAGAGGGUUUUACUGUGUAUAUAUAAAACAGCUAUAAAAUAUAAAAGUACUAAGAAAAUUGCCAUAAUAUGCAGGGACAUUUAUGAAGACAAUAAAUUUCUAUGCUGUUUAAUACCUGUAUUUCCAAUGUAGGAUUUUCUCUGACUGUUAACCCCAUUGGGAUUUAUUGCAACUAGUCCUGCUAGUUCAGAACUGCUUUGAUAAAUGUUUCUCCUCAAAUUCAUAAAAAAAUCAAUCUUAAUCUUAAAAUGUCUUGUAUGGUAUUAAGAAAAUUAUGGCAAUAACAGAAGAAAAAACAUUGAGGAAAUUAUUUAAAAAAUAUAUAAAAUUUUUGGUGAGUAAAGAAGUAUUAUGAAGUAUUUGAAACCGUAACUAAAGUUUUUAAGGCCACAAACUGUAGCUAUUAUAGAAUAUGACGGCCAUAAUCAACUGACUGAGGAAAACUGGGAGUGUCAUUAAUUUUACCCUAAGCACAAAAGCUCAGUCACAGUCCCACAUAACCCACAAUCUUAACAAUAAGUGAAACAAAUAUACCAACCCUCCUAAAUUGUCCACCACUUUCAAUAAUUACUAUAUGAGUGUUGGCGGGAACAAGGACGAAAACUUUCUUCGCCUCCAUUGGAAAUAUGAGACAGCUUACAAAACAGACAGGGAAGGGAAUUGGUCUUGUCUUCUGUUAUGGAAAGUGUAUUGAUAUGGUCCAAGGAUACAGUAGUUAGCAAUGAUCAUGUGUUUAUAUAUUAAUUUGACUUUAUUAUAACCUGUUGUUCUACACAUAUUACCUUAGAUCUGAACAAUAAAGGUUUGUGCCAUACUAGUCAGUACUCUGAAUACUCAGAUUGUUAAAUGCCUUAACAGAUAACAAUGUAGUCGGUGAUCUACGGUAUGGCUUUCAUAAUGGGGGAUUUACUGUACUGAUCAUCUGUCAUUCCUCACACAUUUAGUUCACCAAUCAUUACACUGCAGGGAUAAAACUCCUGGAGUAGUCCUUGAUGUCUCUGGAUCAUCAAACAAUUGGGCACUGGUCCUUACAGUACUUGCAAAAUUAACCUGUGGCUUUUUCUUCUUAGUCCCAUUAAUUACCGUACUUUCUUUCUCUGUGAUCAUAGAGUUUGUGUAUUUCUGGCCAAGCUCUUUUCUAUCACCAUGAGUGCUGGAAUUCCUAAUGGUUCAGUACUGGCACCAAUGCUCUUCUUGGUACACAUUAUUUUCUUCACUUCUGUGCAAAUGACUCGACCCUAUUAUAGGUCUUUCAUUUUACAACAGAGUUCUGUCUCUUGGAAUUUUUUAUUUGCUGAUGGAGUAGUGUAAUUACUAACCCGAUUACACUCUUAAAACCUACUGGUAAGAUGUGAAGUGUAAUAAUCAUACCGUAUUAUAAUAACAGCUUCAUUUUCUUGAAAUGAAAUUUUGAAUGCCAGACAACAGGCACCCUUAUCUCUGUAGGAAACUCGUAUGCAUUGCUGAGCUGGGUACAUCCAACUUGGUUUCCUUCUGUACCACUAAAACAUGUUACAGUACAUAAUAUUUAGUAACAGUCAUGAUAUUAUACAAUUCAACAGUGUUGAGAUUUGAAGCAUUAGCCAUACAUCAAGUUUUUACCAUGACAAGUUUAACCAGUAACCAAAACUGUCUCAAUGAAGUUUGGACUCCUUUUCAAAACCAGGCCCUAUUUUACCAAUGACCAUUUGGUAAAUACUGUAUCCAUACAAGUCGCUGAAACACACAGAUGUAACAUUGUUGUCAUCUGUGGAGUGUUGUGGCACUUUGCCUCCUUGAUUCAUUAAUAAAAAGCCAUCAAAACAAUCGUUUAUGAUGUGACAGAAAAUUUGCAGCCUCGGAUAUUCUUCAGGAUAUUUUGAGGUACAGUAUUUCCACAAUGUUAGGAUGAGCUGUGCUCAAUAAUGCCACAUACAGGCAUUCUCAAUCAGCCUGGUGAUAUCUGUCCAUUUAAACAGAAAAUUGCUAAGGUUUAUCCGGGAUAUAAAUCUCAUGUUAAAGGUUUUUUCCAGAACUACUGUACUGUCCUAUAUCAGUUCCCUCAGGUUUAAGUAAGAUACAGUUACUGCACUGUAGUCAAGAUAAUGGCAUGUUGAAGGCUAGGUACAGAACAGUACCUUCUGCAGUGGCAACAAUGCUCUUACACUGUUUCAAUUUAGUUUCAGAGUAGAAAAGUCAAGUAAAAGUGCCAAACCAUUCUUCAACAACAUUUUGAACUAUUUUGAUAACUAUUUCACAGUUGGAUCAUUCUUGGACCAAUCAAGAGCCUUGGGUACUUUCACCCACACCAUCUUGCUGUCAAAACUAUAUCAUUAUGGCAUUAAAGUCUUAUCCAACAAUUGGUUCACCUGUCAAACCAGGAAGCAGGACGUGAACUAUAACAACUGUCAAUCUGACUCCUCUCCUCUUUUGUCUGGUUUACUAAAAGGUAUCAUUCUUGGACCACUGUUGUUCAUAGUAAUCUCCUUAUUAGUUGGAAUUUUCGAUCCGCUCAGCUCUCUAAUGGCCACUACUGUCAUGUGACUGCAUGGGCUGCCUAUCAUUGGCAGAUAUAUCUUGCAGCCUAUCUCCUCAAACUCUUGCAUCAUGACACUCGGUUUAUUGUCUGCUGCCAUUGUACAAGCUUGUUUGCUUACUCACUGUUGUUUCUGCAUAUAAUCUGUGCUGUGCAGUAGAGUACUGUACAUUACUGUACCAGCAUAUAAUCAGCCAAGAGUACUAUUAAAGCAGUAUGAGGACAUAAAAAGUGUUUACUAUUGUAUAUACUGUACUGUACUCUACAUUCAGUAAGUGUGAUAGUACUAUAUGUACAGUACUAUACUUUGCAGAGCGGACAGUGUUUGCAAGUGUGUAGAGGGUGUAUGUACGUAUAGUUGUCCACAGGUAUAGUGCUCCAUCCCUCGGUGGCCUUACCAAACAUGUGGCAACAUCAGAAUCACAUUAUGAAUGAAUUGGCAACGUGAGGAACAACCGCUCUUCUCAUAUUUACUGAUUCAUUCAUAAAGUGAUUCUAAUGUUGUUACAUGUUGAAAAGGCCUCCGAGAGAUGGACCACUAUACAUGUGGGCAACUUGUACAGUGUGUGUACAAUCCUUCCUUCAUGGAGGGAGAAGAGAGUGACAGUUAGCAACAGUUACAAUAGGUGGUACAGGACAAACGCAGGCGGUCUUGUAUUAUCAUAUCACUAUUUGGCCUGUCUGCAUCACGAGCUCAAGAUGACAAAAUCUAAUGGUGAGUACAGCAUACACAGUACAGUAGUACUGUAGUAUACAGUACAUUAUUUUGUGCAUUUACAAUACAAUCAGUCCUCGACUUACGACGGGAUUAGGGACUGACGACCAGGUCGUUGAGAAUGCAAAAAUAAUACGUACAUGGAAAAUCUAAAAUGGGCGUCUCUUUUUCUUCUCGGCACCACAAAAUUCUCACUUUUACACUUGCCAGCCAAUUUAAAGGAAAUUACAAAUGGAAAUUUUGUCAGUACACAACGCGAUCACUAACGUCGGGACUCGAAAAUGCGUAAUAUGAAAAAUAUUUUAUACAACUGCGGCGGUCGUGUAUCCGGGUGGUCAUAAGUCGAGGAGUACCUGUAUAUUGUAUGUGUACUGUAGUAUACCUUAUUUUGUGUACAGGGUAUUUUCAAUAUAUUGCACGUGUAUAGUAGUGUUUGUGUAAAUAAAUGCAGCUCUGGGUCUAGCUGUACGAGUUGCAUAAUUUAGACUCUGAAAACUUUUCCCAGUACAGUACCCGGAAAAAUUCCGGGGAAGUGUGAUUUUUUACGGGAUGAGAAAAUUCAUCUCCAUACCUGGAACUGUCUCAUUCCCUGAACCAUUUUGCACCAAUUAUUCUAGCUAAUGGGAAUAUCAUUGCACUGCAUAUAAAUUAUGUACUUGUAGUCCACUCCAGCAGACUCAUAAAUUACUUUUUAUUGACAGAUGAUAAUAUUCUGUACAGUAUAACAGCCACACACAUCCUCAUUCCUUAAUAAGGACUGUGAUUUAUGAAUUAACUACCAAUAUUAUCCAGAGUUGGGUACAAUAAUGUGAAUAAAAACACCUGAACCUGUAACUUGAAAAAUUCACAAUAUAAUUUUUCUUAGAUGGAAAAGUUUACCCUCAGUAUUCCAAGGGGUUGUUGUUGACUCACAAAGCUACAAAAACCACAUCACUUCAUUCAUGGCAAAAUCAUUCAAUAAUGCAGUACUCUGUACCUCACUCACUAGUUGCUCACUAUUGCAGCAUUAAAACAUUUCUACUAUAUUUUUAUUCAUCCACACCUGAUUUGCUGCCAUAAACUGUGGGGAACACUGGCACCGCCAGGACCAAACCUCUAUCACCAACAAGAAAAAAAAAAUAGUCAUGCAAACAAUGACUUAAUUUGAAACAUACUGACUACAUGAAUGAAGAGUUUACUAAAUUGAAGAUGUUAAAAUUUAAGGACAAUACUUGAUGCUGUGCCUUAUUUGUUAUGAAAUGAGUGAACCACCCAAUUGAGAAAUGCUGUACUAAUUUCACUAUUGGACGUGUGAGAAGUACCACAUAUGAAACCCAGAUCUACUGAGGUUACCCCUCAUUUGCUCUUCUCAAUCCCAAACCUUGGAAAAAGCCUCGGUGAAGGUGUGAAGCAACAUACCCUUAACCAUUUGAGGAGAGACUACUGUAUACAGGUGCCUGGACUCCAAUUUAAAUCAUCUCUUGAAAGACAUUUAUUGUAAAAUAUUAAAAUGUUUGUCAUGUUUACUGAUAAAUAAUUUGUUCUCAUAAAUACUGUUCAGUUUGUCACAUACUGUACUCCCUUACUGGUAAAUACAGUACCUGUACAGUAGUUAUUUUGCCAGCAUGACAUAAUCCUGACUGUGAUUUCAUUUAAUUUUUUUACCUUGCUAUUACUUAUGUAGUAAUCUGAUAUUGAGCUUUUGUACCUUUUUACUCUUCAUCAACUGACUGUACAGACAUACUGGUAACUUUAUACUCUUAGAAAGGAAAGAGGAAAUGUAUGAAGAAAAAAUAAAUAUUGUAUGUGAUAAUAGUUUAAUGUGUAUUUGUUCACUCCUUGUAAGUUGUUUAACUCCAAAUGAAACUCCAGGAUAAUUAAAAAAAAAAUUUAGCCAUACAGUAUACGUACAGUAUAUUUAUCAGGUGCCUUUCAAGAGAGCUGCAACUCUCAAAAGUCUCAGCCAUGUCAGUAUUGUUGGUACAAUAUUGUACAAUUUGUAUUUAAGAUUCUGGCUCAAUAAACUAGUUCAAUUC